GAAAGGAGAGAAGAUCAGGGGAGGGAGUUUGGCUGAGCGUGAGAAUGACUGAAAAUGGAUAAACAGGGUGGGAGGGAAAGACGGUAAGAUAGAUAAAGAGAGGUGGUGGAAGUGAGUGAGUGAGAGAUGGGCAGGGAGGUAUAAAAAGAGGGAGGGAGUAAUAUAAGAGAGGCAGCCAUAGAGAGAGAGGUGACAGAGUAGAUUAUCCUCCUCUCCUCUCCUCCUCUCUGCCAGCCUCAUCAUGUUCAUGCUGCAGAUGUUGACUGUUAUCUCUCUGACUGUUAUCCUCCUGGCAUCUGUGGAAGGUAGGACACAACCUUACUUACUAUGAGAGUGUGUUUGUGUGUGUGUCGCAUGGCGUGCAUGCACCCUGCAGGUGGACAGUGUAGCAAAGAGAGCGAUGGCGAAGACAGAAAAGAGGGACAGAGGGGUUGCAGCAUGCAGCAGGAGCAGCAGGGAUGGAGGCAUGGAUGUAAACAGAGGGGCAGGAGGACUCGUAUCUGAAAUCACACAACACUCACAGAAAGAGAGCAACUGUGUCAGGGCUCAGUCUGUGUGAUGUGUCAUCUUGUCUUUUUUUGUGAAAGCGCUUUAAGUGCAUUGACGUGCCUGGGGAUGGAUUCAGAAUUAUCUGUGGCAUAACAAAGCAGCACUGUCCUAUUUUACAGCUCCUGCUGCUUCCAUCACGCUUUAAUUUGUUUACACAUUUGCUUUGGAUGAAAAGGCAUCAUGGCACACCCUCCACAUAAACACACACUCCUCCCCUCUUUCUCUCACUUUCUCUGUCUCUCAUUUCCCUGCCAUGCGAGUAUGUUUUUGCAGCACAAUGGGAUGCCAUUGUAAUUCCUCUGACAUUCUUGUGUGUACAUGUGUGUCCAUAUGGGAGUGUGUGUAUAUGUAACUACAGGGCAUGUGCACAUUCUGCAGAACAGAAAAUAUUUUGCUGUGUGCAAAAGCUGCCAAAAGACUCUUUCAGCCCUUACAAACAUCAGAUUAUUGACUGUAGUGUUUUAAAACCAGGAUUAUAUAUAGAAAAUGCAAAAUGUGUCUGUAGCUAAUGCUAAUGUACUUUGUAAUCAUUUCCAAUCUGAAACUUUUGGAACUUAUAGAUACUGUUUCAGCUUCCUCACAGAUUUCUACUUUGUCAUAACCAGAUACAAGAAAGUUACAAUUGAGUAAAAGGUGAAAUAAAACACAUAAUCCAACACACUCAAUAUUUACUCUGCCAGUUAACUUUCUCUAUGCUUCUCUUGGUUCGUCACCUUUGUUUGUCCCAGGUAAAGGCGUGCAGAUGCAAAGAGAUGUCCAGUGCUGCAUGUUAUACUCCCAGGGCAAGGUGCGUACCAAAGAUGUGUUGCGGUUUGAGGUGCAGACGGAGGGGCCGGACUGCAGUAUACAAGCUAUCAUGCAAGUAUUUCAACUAUCCACUCCUGGAGCUAAAGAGCAAUCUGCAGGCAUGGAAAAUAUGCCUCUCGUUAGAGGAGGGCAGAGCCGGGCUGAGAGGCAUUGUCAUCUUUCCAGGUCAUGUUGUUAUGGCAGGGCUCAGAGCUGUAAUUGCCAGGGAAGUAAGAAAGGAAAUAUGUGGGAAUAACAAGCCAUCUGAAAAUACCUCCCCAGCCAGCUGAGCCCUGCCUCAGCCACUCGGUCAGAACAGCAGGGUUUAGUUAAGUAAACCAUUCUGCAUUGUGAUACCUAUUGUUUCCAGCAGGUCAGAGAAAUCUGAUGUAGCUGGAGGAGAUUUUUUUAUGUGGUCCAGUUAACAAAAACAGGGAAUUCCUACAAAGAAGCUAGAAUAGUUUCUUUGAGUGCUCUGUAUUUCUAUGGCUUUCAGCCUUCUAUCCCCAACUUUUCUUACUUUACAUCAGUUUGUCAAACAGAAAGACAGCCCCGUCUACCAAAGGGAAAUCUAAUAAGACUGUAUUCCCCGUCUUCUUUGUGAUUCCCUGGGGCUUAAAUUCUCUGAGUCUUUGCCUCACCUGGUAUUAUUUCUAAACCAUUGUGUUUUCUCACAAGUAAAUAUUUAGGUUCUCUUUCAUAUUUCUUCUGAGUCUAGCAGUGCCUGCCAUAAUGUGUAAUAAGUACUGUGUCUUCAUUUAGUCUUUACACAAAGAAGGCGGUGAAAUGUGCAGACCCGAGAGACCGGAAGGUGAAGAGGUUGCUGAGAAAACUCCUGCAGAGACAAAGAACCAAGGCCCACCGAACCAUGUGGCUUCUUCCUCAUGACAACCUACCUGUCAUGUCAGAGGUCAGAAAAAAAGAGCUGCUGAAGGGCUGUGAGACAAACUUUCUAAGUAUGUGUUUUGAUUUUACCUGAAACUUUGACAAACUUCCUCCUCUGUGGUGAUCAUUAGGACAAGAAAGACAACUGGGCUAUUCUCAACGUGGAGUGAUGGAGCAUUAUCAAAUAUGGAGGAAAACUCAUAGUCAUAAGUAUGUGUGUUAACCAUCAGUAACUUAUGUAAGUAUGCAGAGGUACAUCACUUGAAUCACUCAUCCACUUUCUUUUUCUUUUCUACAGGCCAAGUAAACUUUCAGCAGCUUGUCUUCCUUAUGUGGCAAAGCUGUGCUGACUCUUCAGUCGUCUCGUGUCCCUCUCUAUCUACACUAUCUGUCUCCCUGGACCAGACCUAGGCAGCAAUACAUAUUUAUAUGGCUUUCGAUAUUUAAACAUGAACCGUGCUUGAAAUAUUCCCAAACACGUGGUUGAAGCUGAGGAGUUUUUAAUUGUAAGAUAAGCAGAAUGUUUUUUUUAAUGGCUCAUACUGUUAUUUGCCAGGGUCUGCCUGGAAGUGUCUCUCUCUAGAACAAUAUUAUUUCUCGUGGCUGAUGUACAAUCAGUGGAAAAGGUGUGAUAAUACAAAUCCUUGAGCAGUGAUAUUUAUGUUUUAUAUCAGCAGGAUACUCUAUGCUUAUUUGUGACUUGUAUACUUUCAGUAACGUAUAACGACACUGCACACAGUGCAGACUUUGACCUGAUAUAUCUGACUGUUAAACAGGUAAAAAGUGGGUUCAGAGAGGAGAUCUUACCUUUUUAGUGAGAAAAUGUUCCUGAUAUGUGUUCACCUUGCAUAAUUACUGUUUGUAAACUCAGUAUGAAACUUAAUCAAUCUUUAAAAAAGAGAUCCUCAGGCAUAUACAUUUGUCAGGCAGUUUACAUUUGUCUUUUUCACCAGAAGUUUGUCACCAAACUAUGCCAAAGUAUUCAUGAAUCAAUUCAUCAAAUGGCAAGGCUGUUAAAUCUUAGAGGGCUCAAUUGUGUAUAAAACACAAAAGUAUUGUAGACGAAUGCACUGUAUGUGAAUUUUAUAAAAUAAUCUGAAACAAUAGCUGGAAUGUCUUCACUGUCUUUUUCCGGGUAUUGUGUGUCUGUAUGGGUGUCCUUUUCACAACACACUUCAUUUAGCCGUGCUGGGAGCAUCCAUGUUUUCAGGGUUAGCAUUGGGUACAUCACUCUAGUCCUUACUGAAGUAUCUCACAAUGUGACUGAAUUGAUGAUCAGAUAUUCUUCUACAGGAAUUAAAAAAAAAGUGACUUAAA